AUGUUUGCUCAGGUUACUCACCUGGCCCUGAGAAAGCCGACUGACCCAGCCGCAGCGAGUCGGACCACCCGCAGGUGUCUCCAACUUUGGGUCAGGCUCGAGACAAAGGGCGGCGGCGGGCCAAAAAAGGCGGUUGUGGGUAAUCUCGUUACCUCACAAUGCUACUUGAUACCCUCGGCCACGCUUUUGCGCAACACUUUUGCUCCUUUCUUCCUGAUAUGCGGUGUGUUCUUUUAUGGCAAAUAAGGUGUGGUUGGAUAAUGAAGUGGAUGGCUAGAUACUAUAGUGUUUUUGGUGGGCUGGCUCAGUUCAAGGUCGCAUUUGGAAUGGCUUUUGGGAUUUUGAAAACUUCGGUGACUAGCCUCUCAACACCAGACUUAAAAAAGAUGAAAAAUCGGAGCUAUUUUAUCGGUUUUUUGCCGAAAAUUCAAAAAUUCCGUUUCAAACAGUGAUUUCAAAAAUUGUUCAAACCUUUCAGAAUCUCAAAAUCAGCAAUUGGAUAAACCAUCAAGAAAUGAUAACCCAAGGGACCACUUAAAUGACCGUAAAAGACGCUCACCAAUUUCGGCAGGUUUUCUCAGUUCAAGACCGCAUUUGGGAUGACUUUUGAGACUUAUAUUCAAAAAUCUAGUCCUAAAAUUUAUUUCCAACUUGUGAGAAUCUCAAAAUCAGACUAAUUUAAUGAAAAACAUCCUUCUAGGGCAUCCGAUUGAACUUGCGCCAUCGGAAAAUGAUAGCCAAGGGGCCACUUAAAUGACCGUAAAAGGCCUUCACGAACUUCGGCAGCUUUCCGCGUUCAGGACCGCAUUUGAAAUGGCUUUCGGGACUUUGAAUAAUCGGCGAUUAGUCCAGCCUAGACUAAACUUUCGAAAAGCCAAAGAAGCAUGAUUUUAUUAAUUUUCGACCAGAAAUUCAAAAAUCCAGUUCUAAAAAUCUAUUCCAACUAUGAAUCUCAAAAUCAGUCCAACCCCAUGAAACAUCCUUCUAGGGCAUCCAAUUGAACUUGCGACAUCGAAAAAUAAUAGCCAAGGGACCACUUAAAUGACCGUAAAAGGUGAGUCCGCAUUUGGAAUGGCUUUCGGAACUUUAAACGAGAUCAACUUAAUGUUCCACCCCCCAGAGCCUUCGAAAAGCCAAAGAAGCAUGGUUUUAUUACUUUUCAACCAGAAAUUCGAAAAUCUAGUCCUAAAAAUCAUUUCCAACUACGAAUCUCAAAGCCAGACCAAUCCCAUGAAACAUCCUUCCAGGGCAUUUAAUUUAACUUGCGCCAUCGAAAAAUAAUAGCCAAGGGACCACUUAAAUGACCGUAAAAGGCGCUCACAAAUUUUUUACAGCCACGCAAAAAGACGAUUAAAAACCGAAUAUCUCUCGGGUGCAGGUGGUCCGAGACGAAAAUGAGCCAAGGUCAGGUGCCAAACAAGGCAACAACACUGGGGAAGAACAAUGGAGGGCAGCAAACAGUCAUUUCCUUGUGCUUGAUUUGGCUCCCGAAACGGAAAGAACAAUGCGGAGAAGGUGGCGCUGUGCCAAAAAAAAAAGAAUGGAAAAGAGGAAGUUCGGUCGCGGAGGAUCAAUACAAUACUUCCGGUUCUAGAGGAGUCUCCGCUUUGAUCCGGGCGGGAGAAUAA